AAGCAUGCGCAGUACACGUCAUUCCAAAUUGAAAACACCAAUGGCGACUUCCACAUUUCACUUACGAGGGGAAGAAGCUUUAUGUAAAAAAAUUUGCAAAAGGAGAAACAAGUAGAGAAUAAAAAUGAAAAGAGCAAGACACGUGAAGUGGAUACACCUGGCAAUGUUUUGUGUCUUGCAGUUACCACAUUUAGCUGAGCCUGAUACCAAAGUGCAUCAGGUGAAUAUCAAUGAGAUGGCAUCAGAUGUCUCUGCAGGGGCUAGUACUGAGGCACCCAGGGAUGAGACAGCUGGGGGUGGGACAUCUAGGGGUGAGACACCUGAGGGUAAGACAUCCGGGGUUGAGAGUCCUGAGGGUAAGACACCCAGGGGUGAGAGUCCUGAGGGUAAGACACCCAGGGGUGAGAGACUUGAGGGUAAGACACCCAGGGGUGAGACACCCAGGGACGAGACACCUGGAGAUGAGAUGACAUCCUCUCACCCUGUUGAGGCUGAGACAAGUGGCAGAAAGACAUCCACUGGAGAGACAACAACAGUGACACCAGAAACAGUGAUCCAUGUUCCUGAAGAUACUACCAACAGUAACACACAACAAAANGGGUCAUUCUGUAGACCCUGA